AUGAGUAAUAGGGAUCCGGGACUUUUGCCAAGUAGAUGGUUGCAUUGUCCACGCAAGUCUUCUGAAAUAAUAGCCGAGAAGUUUCUUGCUUUCAAAACGCCUUUAGGUUCCGAGUUCAAUGAUAAAGUUCCUGAAAACAAUCGUUUCACUCCAUCAAUGCUCUUUGAUUACAUGAAAGGUUUAAGGAUGAAACUAGGUCUUUGGAUUGAUCUCACUAACACCUCUCGGUUUUAUGAUAAAAGAGAAAUUGAAAGGAUGGAUUGUAAAUAUGUUAAAAUGGCUUGUCGGGGUCAUGGUGAAACACCAUCUGAAAAGCAAACAAGGAAGUUUAUAGACAUUGUUUCUGAAUUUAUUUCCCAAAAUCCACUUGCAGUUAUUGGUGUACAUUGUACACAUGGGUUUAACAGAACUGGAUUUCUAAUAGUUUCCUAUAUGGUAGAGAAAUUUGAUUCAAGUGUUGAUGCAUCAAUUAUAGAAUUCAGUAGAAAAAGACAACCAGGAAUAUAUAAACAAGAUUAUAUAAAUGAGCUAUUUAGACGAUAUGAUAGUGAUGCUGACCCUAUGGCAGCUCCAGAAAGACCGGAUUGGUGCAUUGAAGAAGAAAUAGAUUAUGAUGAUGAUGAUGAUGAUAAUGAUAAUGCUCCCAGCUCCUCACAAGCAGCAGAAUCAAAGAUGUAUGGUCCACCAAAGUCAAAGAAACGUCGAAAAGAGGCUAAAAUCAAAAAGACUGAAUUCAUGCCUGGAGUACACGGAGUGGAUCCGUUUGAUUCCCAACCACGUCUUAGUGAAAUCCAGAAAAAGGCACAACAAUUCUGCAAAUGGAGUGGUUCAGGGUUCCCAGGCUCACAGCCUGUGUCUAUGGAUUUGGAGAAUAUUUCUAAACUGAGGGAGAAACCUUACCGCGUGUCGUGGAAGGCUGAUGGUGUCCGGUUUAUGAUGUUAAUAGAAAAUGAAAAUCAAGUGUAUAUGAUUGAUAGAGAUAACUGUGUGUUUCAAGUUCAUGGUUUAAGGUUUCCUCACAACAAAGCUAACAGGCAUCUACGCGACACUUUACUCGACGGGGAAAUGGUAAUUGACAAAGUUGAUGACAAAACGAUUUUUAGAUACCUUUGCUAUGAUAUUAUCAGGUUUGAAAAUCAAAAUGUUGGUAAAGAACCAUUUUUCCCGGUGAGAUUGGACUGCAUUACAAACGAAAUUAUGAAUCCCAGAAACCGUGCCAUCAGCGAGGGUCUUCUUGAUAAAAACGCUGAACCAUUUCGGGUCGUAAAAAAGGAUUUUUGGGAUGUCUCAUUGGCUGAGAGAUUACUUACAGACAAAUUCGCCAGUACAUUGCACCAUGAGCCUGAUGGUCUUAUCUUCCAACCGUCUCUCGAUCCAUACAUUCCUGGUGCGUGCGAAAACGUCUUAAAAUGGAAACCAAGCAACAUGAACAGUAUCGACUUUAGGCUCAAUAUUGUGACCCAAGAAAAACCAGGAAUGCUAAAAGAAAAAGUGGGACAAUUAUAUGUUGGUCAGGAUGAUAGACCAGUAGCUACUAUAAAAGUGACAAAGGCCAUAAAAAACCUUAACAAUAAAAUAAUUGAAUGUCGCUUUGAAGACGACAAGUGGGUGUUUAUGCGCGAGCGAACAGAUAAAAGCUAUCCUAAUAGUUUUAAAACUGCGAAAGCUGUCUUCGAGAGUAUCGUAAAUCCAGUUACCAAGGAUUAUUUACUGUAUUGCAUAAAUAAGAGGUAUAAGAAAGAAUCACUUAUGCCUCCACCAAUAAGACACUGA